AUGCGGCUAGAGUCUGGAACCGUCUUCCUGAGAAUGAGCCCUUUGUUCCAGUUCUGUGUGACGUGUGGCCUCUCCGCCUUCGUGAAGCUGACCCGCUGCAGCCGCUGUCACGCUGUUUUCUUUUGCUCCGAAGCCUGUAAGAUCAAGUCCUGGAAGGACGGACACAAGCAAAUGUGCAUCCAGCUAUCGGCCAAGAGCGGUCCCAAAGCCUGCAGCCAGCGCAGGGCCCCAGACGCAGCACAGAGGAAGAGUCCGAGAGGAGCUAAAGAGGCUGUGAAGGCCCCACACAAAGCCAACAUCCCCAAGUUUAUACCGGAGCACAAGGUAGAUGCUGUGCCGGGUCAGCCCAGAGAGAACUACAGCUUCAUUUGA